ACGUUUCAAGAACCUACCUAACUGAUCAUCAUCAGACGCUUGCCUCUGUUGAUAUUUCAGCUUCUGGUUACUUUCCUCAGUAGUAGCUUGUCCGUGGUGGUCAUGGCGGAUCCUGUGUCGGAGUGGCGUGCAGUUCUUUCUCCUGAGCAGUUUCGGAUUCUCCGUCAAAAAGGCACUGAAACUCCAGGAACUGGAGUAUAUGACAAGUUCUUCGAGGAAGGAAUCUUCAGCUGUGUCGGAUGCAAAACUCCUCUUUAUAAAUCCACCACAAAGUUUGACGCCGGAUGUGGCUGGCCAGCUUUCUUUGAAGGACUCCCCGGUGCCAUUAACCGAACCGUAAAGACUCUCUUUUAUGGGAGAAGAACUGAGAUCACUUGUGCUGUGUGCGAUGGACAUUUAGGCCAUGUUCAUAAAGGAGAAGGUUAUGCUACUCCAACCGAUGAACGCCAUUGCGUUAACAGCGUUUCGAUCAAUUUUAACCCGGCCAAACCUUCCUCUGUAACCUGAGGACUGGUUGAUCGUACUACAAUAUCUUCAAAAUAAGAUCUUCUUGUUUAACUCUUUGUCUUUCGUAGAAUCAUCAUCAUCAUCAUGUAAGGAUCAAUGCAUCAGAUAAUAAGAAAUUAAGAAUCAAUUUGAUGUUGAAUAAUUUAUCUUAGUAUCUAUAAUUUGAUGUUGGUUUUGUUUAAAGAAUGUAUCUAUAUCUUUGAUAUGACG